UCCGGUCGGUGACAACACAAACAAGAUGGCGACCAAGAUUUAACAGAGGAAAUAUUUUUAAUCGGGUAAACAACAGUAGUAUGUGCAUGUUUAUUCUGAUACCGUUUUGAUAUCUCUCUACGUUACACUCAUUUUACACUGCUGAUGUUAGUUAUCAAUGUUUAUACGUUUAUGUCCAGGGUUUGUUUUUUCCUACUCGGUUUGCUUUCUUGUUAGUUACUGUUAGUUGAGGAAAGCUGAACUCCGUUCUCUUAUAUCCUUAUCUAACCGGCUGGGUGUUGAUCAUGUGUUGACACUGCUGUUAAAGCUCCUCCACAGAUAACAGGGUGGUAAAACUCAGAAUCAACAUUUGUCUGUCUGUCUUCGGGAGAGAGAUCUAACUGCCAUCCUGGAAGUCAUCCACCGCCCUGUCCCUCUGGCAUUCGACUGGACUGUUGUGAAGACUUCCUCUACCAUCAUGUCUACCGCUGCAGUAGCAGACAGAGGUUCCGUCCGUCCAGUCAGGGGCCCCGGCGACGGCAUGGAGACAGACAAGCCCCCAGUCGCUAAGGAGAUCGGUGCCGUGGAUACGCCUCUGUCUUCGGUGCCACUACUUAAGGUAGCUAGUCCCAAACAAAGCCCCAAGAAGACGCACCCUGCCCCCGCCAGCCUCCAACACAGCCCCCACUCCACACCCCAGCAGAGCCCCAGAGCCAGUCCCAGAGCCACCCCGUCUGCCCCCCAGCCCCCCGGGGUGCUCCACCUGGGGAAGGUUCCCCGGGAGGCCUGCAUGGUGGUGGAGGCGGUGAGGAUCGUUGUUCCCCGUGCCGCCAUCAGCCGGAGUGGGGGUCAUGUGGGUCCGGCUGAGGAGAAAGGAGAGGCCUGGGCUGGGCAGCAGAUAGAGGAGCGGCCCCCCUCUCCCUCCCCUCCUCUGGAGGACCUGAGAGGAGCCAUGGAGAAGCUGCAGAACUCAGAGAGAAGACUGCUGCAGGACAAGGAGGGGCUCCUCAACCAGCUCCACGUGCAGACUGAGGUGAACAGAGAGUUGAAGAAGCUGCUGGUAGCCUGAGGUGAUGACCUGCAGUACCAUUUUGAGCACAUGAUGCUAACCCACAGGUCUCUGGAGCAGCUGCUGGUCUCUCUCCAGUGGGGUCGACAGCAGACCUACUACCCCAGUGGCCAGCCACUCAGCACGGGAGAACUAGCCCUAGCCAAUCACAAGCUGGCGGACGCCAUCAACUCCCGCCUGCUGGGGAAGGUUGGGCCAGUAGGGAGCAGCAGUGGAGCUGGGCUGGGGAAAGGAAGACAGUCCUCAGAGCUCCCUAACACCUCACACACGCCGGCUGAGAAGAUGGCUGAGAAGGUGUUGAAGAUCCUGGACCCGAUUUCCUGUUCAGACAACGAGGAAGAGCCCUCCCCCCUCUCUAUCUCUGACUCCUCCCCCUCGGCCUUCCUGACCAAUAAGAAGAGCAUCGGUCGGUUCCACCCUUACACUCGCUAUGAGAACAUCACCUUCAACUGCUGCGAGCGCUGCAGCGGAGACAUCCUGGUACUCUAGGGGUCAGAGGGCAGGGGUCGUGACCUUUAACCUGGACAGGUCAACGCAGGCCGCUGUGAGGAACACCAGUCGGCUCUCCCUCCGUCGAACUGUCUGGUUUCACAGCGGCCUCAGAGCGCUGAUUUUAAUUGGCUGAUCUCUCAGUCCAUCACCGUCUCAUAACUCUUAGAACCUCCCACGACAUUGUGGGCUUCAGAACGUGAGCAGAGCAAGUGAUUUAAACAAGGAAGUGAGUUCGGAGAAUCUGAAAGUAUUCCAUCUUAGAAUCAAUUGGGCUUCCCAAAAAUAAUAUGGUCAAAGUCAUUCCACGGACGGCCGAGUGUCUGUGGGUUUCUGGUCCUUCCUUGUACUUGACUGGUGAAUUGAGUUUACUGAUUAGUAAGCAACUACCUUCACCUGGUUGUCUAGGUUACUAAUUAGUAAGGAACUCUCCUCACCUGGUUGUCUAGGUUACUGAUUAGUAAGCAACUCCCUUCACCUGGUUGUCUAGGUAACUAAUUAGUAAGGAACUCCCCUCACCUGGUUGUCUAGGUUACUAAUUAGUAAGCAACUACCUUCACCUGGUUGUCUGGGUAACUAAUUAGUAAGGAACUCCCCUCACCUGGUUGUCUAGGUUACUAAUUAGUAAGGAACUGCCCUCACCUGGUUGUCUAGGCUACUAAUUAGUAAGGAACUG